GGGGGCCUGCAUCUGACGAGGAAGCACUGAAAGAGAUGCCUUAUUCCGGACUAACGCAGAGGAGCUACAGAGGAACCUUUCUGAGUUCUACUGCGAACACUAUGCAUUUCCUCUUUAUUUUAUUCUUCUGCCUAGGGGUGAACACAGAGUCCACCCGCACCGCGCCGACGGAGGAUGCUGUUACUUCAUACAGUGUUCAAAUACACAAAGGUGGCGUUGUUAAAGAGUUUGAAAUCCUGAAUCGCCAGAAAAAGGAGUUUUCAUGUAUAAUGAAUGACAUACCAAGUAAACCCACAACCAUAACUGGCUAUUGGAAAAAAAAUGGUGCUAAAAUUGAAAGCUCCGAACAAACUGUACAGAGAAACAACAACCAGUAUAUGCUUAACAGAACCUUCGACAUUCAAGACUUAGGAAAUUAUUCAUGCAUCUUCAGUCUUCCAGAAAAUGAACCGCAGGCUACUUUUGUUUUUAAAGUUCCUGCAAUUAAAGAGCGAGAUAAGCCCAUUGUGAGCUAUAUUGGGGAUUCAGUCAUACUGGACUGCCACAUGGAACACAGCAAGGACCAUGGACCAGACACCUGGAAUUGGUACAAAGUCAAUGGCACCGAAAAGGAACUCCUAAACGUCACCGCUGAGCCCACAAAGUACCACCUUGACUCGUCGAAAAACAAGACCAAGCUGAUUGUGCUGAACCUGACUAAGGAAGACUCCGGAAAAUACGUCUGCAGCGCGGUGUUCAACAUCAGCCAGACGGACUCCCGUGUGGAGCUGAAGGUUUUGUCCUUCACUGAGCCUCUCAAGCCUUUCCUCGCCAUCGCGGUUGAAGUCGUCGUCCUCAUCACGCUCAUUCUUCUGUAUGAGAAGAAGACCCACCGUCGGGGCGACUCAGAAACCACAGAGAAUGGACCGCAGCCUGAACAGGCGAGUAAACUAACGCAAGACGAGACGAACGGAAUGGAUGGAGGAAGCACCACAAGACAGAGAAAAGUUGAUCAGUGAGGAUAGCACUGAUUCGUUCAGUAAACCAGCUGUGUAUCAUUUAAAUUAAUCAUAUACUAACAGUUGAGGAAAAUAUUCUCAUCCUCUUAGGUGCUGAAGUUAGUAGGGUGACGCUUUCUGAAUGUGUUCUAUCAAGCACCUUAACUCUGCAUGUUUGCUCAGAUCAAGUAUAUUGAGCAAUACAUUAUAUACUAAUAAUAACACAAACUGCAUAUUGUGUAAAUGUUUCCAACGAUAUAACAUCUAUAAAUGUGCUCUUGUUUGAAGUGUUAAAUAGUGGUCCACUGGGUUCCUACACUCAAGGCGUUUUUCAAAUCCAAGUACUUUCAAAUAUCUGGUAGAGAUAAUAUAUACAGUAGUGUGCAAAAUUCUGAUUUAAAAUCUUAAGCAAUAAGUGUGUUUUUGUUUGUAAAAUCACCAUACAUCAUUUGAAUAUAUGCAAUUAAACAUAAAUACAGUCAAAUGUAAUUGAGAUAAGAUUUUGUUUUUUUUUUAAAAUAAAAGUAGAUUAUAUCUGGUGAGUUACUUUGAAGAACAAAGUUUAGUUCCAGAUUUGUCAUUGAUGCCCCCAGCUACCAUACAGAAUUCCAUCACCAGCACACUUGAUUUGACAUAAUGAAGUACUGAUUAGUCAAACUAGGUUCUAAAUGACAACUACAAUCCAAAACACAUUGAUAAACACAAAAAAACACUACUUAUAGUAUUAAUAUAUUUGUAUUCAUACACAUGCAC